GUUUAUCGCGUAACGUAACGUACGUUUCUCGCGGCCGUUCACGCGUGCACGUCGUAUGUAUGCACGUAUAUCCGUAGUGAGAACGGGCACAAGCGGGCAGGCGCGCGCGCGCGUAACGGCUUCGUUUCUUCUCCUUCCGUCCUGCUCUCGCUCGUCGUGGUAUCGCGGCCGCGCCGAAUCGCCGUGUACGCAUGUAUCGCGAUUGGUCCGCGUGCGUGGUAUUUUUGAAAAGUAGUUAUUGCUCUCGUACACAGCACACUCGCUCUCUUUCCCCCCAGUUUUUUUUCUCUCAUCGUCUCUCCCGUUAUAACCGCGGCAACGACAAGAAAACCCGCGGCCGUUGCUACAGCGCGCCGCCGUAUGGACGAUUUUGAGAAAGCCCUCCGGUCGCGUCUCGUCCCGUCCCGGUCCCGUCGAGUCGCGUCGGUCGACGGACGGGUCCGCCGCAAAGUCGCCGCCGCAACAUACUCGACUGGUGAUCGUACUACGAACGAAAGAGGCGUCUCUUCGGCCCGUCGGUGCAAGCCUGUGCGCGAACGCGUGAGUAAUACGCACGAGCCGAGCGAAAAGUUCGAACUCGCCAGUGACAGGUAAACGAUCUCGGUAAAAACAGCGAGCAAAAACGAACGAGAGGAGAGUAGUAGAGUACGCGAAUCCCUUUAUUCAACUCGGUGCCGCGUGGAUCGACAACGCAAUAAUUUCGUUGUAGCAGCGCAAAAAAGAUGUUGAAGUUAACCAAAAAUUUGGCGCUUUCGAACUAUGUUCAGAACGAUCCCGAGGCGAGUUCCAAUGAAUAGUACGAGUGUGAAGUGAGCUUGGAUUAUCAGUUCAGUGUUCUUUCUUAAGUGAUCCAGGUGUGACAAACGGAGAAAGAAGAUUAAGUUGAUCGGGAUUGAUGCUGAAUUUUCCGGUUUUUGAUUGUCGCGAUUAAGUAACUGUGGUGCAAAAGUGUCGAGAUUUGACAAGUACGACAACGUUACGGGAAUCGAUGGGAAUUUCCGUUCGCGUCCGUGUUCAGUUAGUCGUGUGCUUGUGUUAGUGUGUAGUGCGAGGUUAGGAUCGUGCCGCUAAGAGAGAAAGAGCCUUCUCUCUUGGGAAAAGGAGAGCGGAAAGGAUCGGUGUUACGGUGCGCGCGAGCGAGGAAAACGGAAUAUUGAAUCGACGACGGCAGUCCUCGAUCGAGAUCUGGAUUACGCGGGCGCGUCGAGGAUCGCCAAGAUUUUGCCAAUUCGUAAAAAAGGUGGAUACACGGACAGGGAUGGCAUGAGGGAGGGCUCCGGCAACGCUGCCGACGUGUUAGCAGUGGGCGGGGGUGGUGCUGUGCUGGUGCUCAGCGAGCUUGAAAGCAUGGCGGCCAGACAACAGCGGGAAAUCGCUCAGCAAAGGCGCCUCCUGGAGCAGAAAGAGGCCCGCUUAGCCGUGCUUCGAGGCGCACAGGAGCCAGCACAGCAGGACAGACUCGCCAGAUUGAGGUAUAAACUGGACCAGCAACAGAGCAAGCUGAAUCGACUGCGAUUACUCAGAUCGCAGACCGACCAGUCGCGUGUCAACAAUGCAACAUUGACUUCUGAUCUGGACUGCAUUAGAGCCCUAUUCAAUGAGAAGGAGAAGGAGCUCUCGCUGGCCGUGGCGAAGGUUGAGGAGCUGACGCGGCAGCUGGAGGAACUUCGGGGUCGUCAGAAUGCUCCCGCCGGUGGUGGAAGCGCCGGCAGCAUUGGAGGCGGUCUCACAGGGACUACUAGCAACGGACACUUGGUCACACCGGCCAGCGCUGAGCUGGAGAAGCUCAGGAGGGAGCUUAUGUAUCGCAACAAGAUGAACGAACAGCAAAACCAGGUGGUGUCCCAGCAGCGACAAGCCCUGGCGCAGCGACAGGCCGAGAUGGCAUCGAUAGAUGCGCGGAUAGCUCAACUCCAGAGCCGGCUUCAGCGUAAGAGAGCGUUGAAUCAGCGGUUAACGCACCAACUGGGCCCCGGCGGCGGUGGUGGCGGACGCGGUGUCGGCGGCGCCAACAAUACAGGAUUCCCGGACACGAAGCUUGACGGCUUCAACAAUAGCGGCAAGCUGCGACCGGCCGGCAACAUCGCCGCGAUCGAGCCCUACUCGCACAUACCGAACGACAACGAUUUCAACUUGAAUAAGAACGACCCCAAGUACCAGACACUGCCGUACAACACCAAGUUCACGGUGAACUUCAAGACCAUAGAGGAUGACGUGAACAAAAACAAGAUACAACACUCGGCAAGCGCCUCCCAGCUGGGGCAGCGGCCGACCUUUCAGCAAUAUGGACACCAAAUUGUUCACAGCCAGUCGCAAUCGCACAUUCAGGGGCAAUCUCAAUUAUUAGGAAGCAAUCAACAGCAGCAGCACAAUCAAAAUCUCGGCAAUCAGCCCACGACGAUCCAAUCAAGUUGCAACUACAAUAACAACAACAACAACAAUAACAACAAUAAUAAUAACAGCAACAAUCUCAUGGGCGGCAACGCGCACAGCUUCAGUCCGGAUAAUCUGUCGCAAGGUCUUCGUCUUCAUCAGGGUCAUCAGCAGCAGCAACAGCAGCAGACGCAGCAACAUCAGAAUGGCAGUGCUCAGCAGAAGCAGCACAAUGUGACCGGAAUUAGCGGCGUGUCGACGACGUCGAAUCUCGUCGGGGUGACCGUCCCUUCGAUCGCGCAAACCGCGCAGAAUUCGCAUCGGAACCUGCAGCAGACCGCAAGCGGUCAUCAGAAACCGGUGUCGAGCGUGGCGCCGAGUUUCUCCGUCAAGUCGCAGAUCUAUCAGACUUCGUCGACGAAGAUCCAUCCGGUGAUGCCGCAGACGUUGAGUCUGCUGGGUCGCGGGCAUAACAACAACGCGGCGCAGAAUUACAUCGGCAAUAAUCAGCAGCAAGCGGCCACCACGCAGCUGGUGCAAGCCGGCAUCGGGAAUCAGGAAACAAUGAACUACAGACAUGGCUACUCCAUCGCCCAACAGCAGCAGCAAUAUCCGAAUCAGACGACGAGCAUUCAUGCGUCUUCACCGGCAGCUGUUUAUCAGGUGCAGAGUUCAUCGAAUCUUCACGGUACCAUCGCUGCGACGAGCUUCGGCAAUUCCACUCAGAAGUACAACCAGUCGCAGCUACCAAAUUCCAACGAUCUCGCGCAAAAUCAGGAGCAGAAUCAGAUCCUGAACAAUCAGAAAGCCAAGUUCGAGCCCUCGGGCAAGAAUCAGGAUAAGUUCGAGCACGCGUUAUCAUCCGGCAACAAGCACGAGCAACAGCAACAGACUAGAUACGAUCAGAAUCUCACGGGCAAGUAUGAGUCUCAGCAACAGAGCGGCAAGCACGAUCCGACCGGAAAUCAAGCGAAGCACGAACAACACCUGCUUAAUAUUAAGUACGAGCCCAGUUGUCAGAAUUCGCAACAGUAUGGUAAACACGAGCAACAACAACAGCACGAGGGAAGAUUGCCAACUAAAUAUGAUCAUAAUCCAACAUUCAAACACGAUCCUUCGAAUAUCACCCAGUAUAAAGCGGAAUACAAAUCGGAGUCUAACAAGUACGAGAGCAGUCAAAAUAAGUUCGAGGUGCCGGCCAAAUACGAGCAGAACUCCACAACAAAGCAUGUGGCCGAUCACGUGGCCGUCAAGUUCGAGAUGCCUGUAAAAACAACAGAAAGACCGUUUGAGUUCGAUAGCAGACCGACGACGAAGAACAGCGACAAUAGUGAGAGGAAAACUUUUAAUGAAUUGCGAAUAGAGGACAAGACGAAACCGGCGCUGCCACCGAAACCGAGCAAACCGAAUCCGCCACCGAGACUGACUCACCACGAGAAAAUUGAUGUGCCGUCAUCCGAGGGAAUCAACGAGUGCAAGAUGGUCAACACAAAUCUCAACUCGAGGUCGGAUAAGGACGAGGAUAUACCGCCGAUUCCCACGUCGGAGCCGCCAGAAUCUCCCACGGAGACACAACUGGGCAAUCAUCAACUCAUCAAGGCUCGACCAUUGACCUUGAAGAAGGCACCGAUAUCGGAGCAGCCAAAGCUGAGAUACGCCAAAUCCAAUGUUCACGUCUCGAUAAAUCGACGAAUUGAAAUGCCCCCGGCCUUCCUAUUCCCGGAGACGGAAAUUCCGGCGGAUCUCAUGCAAACCGAGCAACAGCAGCAGCAACAUCAACAAAACAUCGACACCACAGACAAUUGCAAGAGUAUUCUCAGCGAGGAUAUCGGUGACGGCGAGCGAUUGGAAGAAGCGGAUAUCAUUGACGCUCUGAAUGUCAUCAACAUCGAGGACAAGCCGACGAAGAUGAAAACCGACUCGGAGCUGACCGGAGGCACCGGAGGCGAAUUAGAUAUAGAUGGAGGGAAAAUAUCGGAAGUGAUGAGAAGAAAGAAAGGAAACCUUAAAUCAUCGAGUACGGGGAAUAGCGGAGGCAAGGUUAAUCUAUCGAGACGGGUGUCGUUUGACCCAUUGGCGCUAUUACUCGACGCCAGUCUCGAGGGUGAGCUCGAGCUGGUGAAGAAAACCGCAAAAGAGGUCGCCAAUCCAAGCUCCGCCAACGAUGAGGGCAUUACCGCCUUGCAUAAUGCCAUAUGUGCCGGUCACCUUGAGAUCGUCAAGUUCCUCGUAGAGUUCGGCUGCGAUGUCAACGCCCAAGAUAGCGAUGGAUGGACACCGUUACAUUGCGCUGCGAGUUGCAACAAUUUGUCCAUGGUGAGAUUCUUGGUCGAACACGGUGCGUGCAUCUUCGCGACCACUCUUUCGGAUCACGAGACCGCCGCGGAGAAAUGCGAAGAGGACGAGGAAGGCUUCGAUGGAUGUUCCGAGUAUUUGUACAGCGUCCAAGAGAAGUUGGGAAUCAUAAAUAGUGGUCAAGUUUACGCGGUUUUCGAUUACGAAGCGCAACACGCAGAUGAACUCUUGCUGAAGAACGGCGAUUCCGUAGUCGUACUUCGGAAGGGCGACGACAACGAACGGGAAUGGUGGUGGAGCAAACUUGGACACAAAGAAGGCUAUGUACCUCGGAAUCUAUUAGGGUUAUAUCCCAGAGUGCAGCCCGCAAAAGCGAUUGACUAAAGAAUUUCGUGCUCGCAGGAUAUCCGAUUACAGUAUUCGAUUUGCAGCUUUAUCUUGUUAAUUGUUAUCAUAUGACACAUUAGGCAUAUUAGUAGCGUUAUUUAAUAGCAUCCCAUUGCCAUCCGAGCGAACAUGGAUAUCGCAAAGCGGGAAUCCAUUUGAUUUUUUUAACAAUGUAGUAAUCUUUUAAUUGCAGUAUAUUAAUUUUUUUUAAUAAUUUUUAAAAGAAAAGGAUUGUUUGUUUAUUAUCGUGGAUUUUAUUCAGCGAACAAAUACAAUUUGCCAUAAUCCGCGAGUUGAACGAUCGCGCAAACACACUUCAUCUGUAAUUAUUACCGAGACAUAGAACAAUGUAAUUAGUUUCUUAAUGAAUCUUUUCUUUUUCACAUUAUUUCAACAGAAUGUUUUAAUAUACAUUGCACAAUUCGACUAUCCGAUUUUACCACAUUUACCAUGGUUUAUAGUAGUUGCACGUAUAUUCUCAACUUAACUUUCUAUUCGAAAGUUUAAAGUAUUAGUGAGACGUUUCGUGUACUGUUUACACACUUGUAAGUCGUUAAAUCUUUUAUAUGAGUAUUUAAUGUGCAUUAUACUCGAAUAUUGCAACUUAUAAUUGUUUCAAGAAAGAAAAACGUUUAUUAUAUAGAUUGUCUACAAUUGGUAAAAGUGUACAGAUAGUGAUUUCUGUGAAAUUUAGAAUCGACUUUUAUCAAACAGCGUUUCUCGCUCUUUAAUUAAAUUUUGUAUUUAUAUAAAAUUUUAUUUUUUAAGGCUUAGUCAUUAAGAAGUUAAAUAUACUGAGAUCUGAUUAGUUGUAAAAAAAAAUAACUUCUCGCGCGCGCGCGAUACUUUCAUUAAAAAUGAUCGAUUCGUAAUUUCACAAAUGCUAUAUGUUCAUUUUUCACCGAUUCUGGGUCAUUCUGUAAUUCGCGUGAGCAUCGACAGCGCGAAUUUUAUCAUUUAAUUUGCUUCACCUAAAUGCUUAAGUUUAGAUGAGGUCAGAUUAUAUAUUGUUACGUUGUUUAUGUUGUUUGCGUGGGAAAUGUCAAGGGCCUUCGGAUUCGUUCGAUCUCCGAUUCUGCGAAGCUGUUCCUGAACGACGCGUAACGUAAUCUUGCCAAUGCGCACGAUGAACGGUACGAGAUAGCUUUUCAAACGACGAUGUGCAAUUAUAUUGGAAAAUGUAAAGAAAUAUUGAUGAUACGUUUCGAUUAUGCCCAAUCGUAUUACCAUUUCGAUAAAUGCCUGAAGCAUCAUAUAGUACUUAGAUGGGCAUGUACAAGAUAACGAUCGUCUCUCGACCGAGUAUACCGCUGUCAGAAAUUUUCUAAGUACCAUUGCUAUUGUGUGCUCUUGCAAUAGAUGUGUACAGGCAUGUGAUGUAUGCGAACGCGAGUCGCUUAGAGGAUUUCUGACUACUCGUCAAAAUAAAAUAUGUGCCUUUCGAAAGUAAUAAUGAAUAUAUUAUGUAAGAAAAUACGAUAUAUUAUGACGAAAUAAAUUGUUUUUAA